AUGAACAAUCUCAAUUAUCAAAGUUCCUUCUCCUCCGGAGAACCAUUCGCAACAAAGGACAACCAAGAUCUCUUCUCUCGUUCCCAUCAAGAUCAACCAAAUCUUCAAUCAUUAAAUGCAAAACAAGACGAGUUGGAACAAAGUGAUUUUAGCAACUUAAUCGAAGACGACAACAUUGGUGGCCUAAACCAAACCUCAAAUCCUUUCAAAGGCGCCCGUGAUGUGACUUUUGACGUUCACAACCCCAAUGUUGUUUUUCCAACAUCCUCUGGUCCCUCCUCAGUGAGCAAUCCAAGUACAGUUUUUCCGACAUCAAAAACACAAUCCUCCACCAUUCCUUCAUCUUCAGGAGGCUCUUCCAAUAUUGGAAGUUCCAUGCACAAGGCCUUCUCCAAUGAAGGUGACGAAAGCAAAGAAAAGUCAAAGAAUCUGGUCCUCUCUGAAAAUGCAGCCAAUCAGACCACGGUCGCCAGUAGUAGUGGAGGUCCCUCAUCCACAACCACCUCAGCAGAAACCGUGUUUCCGACUCCCUCAGAAACUUCCUCAACUACCAGUUCUGCCACAGGAAUUCCAAGCAAAACAAUGAUUUCAACAGAACCUGCAUUAGGGAGUACCACAAGUGCCACUGGAACGGUGAACACAACACUCGAAUCAGCAACCAAGGAAUUGAAGAGGACAGGACAAGUCAUUCAACAACAGGCACAAUCGGUCUAUGAUCGCAUUAGGAAUAGUGAGGUGUUCAGAUGGUCUAAUCUUGGUGUCAUGAUCAUCAAUGUGAUUCUUAUUGUGUUGAUUGCAGUGCUUUUCUAUUAUGGAGUUUAUUAA